GUUGUCCUUAUCAAGCUGUGCAUUUCACAUAAAUACCGUAGUACCUAACGAAGCGGUACUUUAAGUGAAUCGUACAAAGACAGAUUUUUUUCUAUAUAUUUAUUUGUAUACGUAUCUUCUUCGGCCUGUUCAAACGAAAAUAGAAACGAUGUGUUCAUCAAAGAGUGUUAUUUUUUGUUGUAGUGUAUUUAUUCUACUGUUAGUUAACCUUGGAGAAUGUAACCUUGAGUUUGCAGAGAAGAAUCUCAAUUUAUUAACAGACGAAACCAAAGUGAUACAGUUAAUAAUAAGAAAUUUAACAGAUACAAACAUAAGAUUUAUUGUAGAACAUACUGGAAUAUUAGAAGUAACUCCUUAUGGAGACCCCAAUGAUACAGAGAAUGAUUUUAAAAUUCAAAAUGUUAGUAUACGUGCUCUUAAAGCAGGAGAAACUCUUUUAUUUACAAACGAAUCAUCAAGCUCGAAUCAAGCUUUCAUACGGGUUCAAGUCUAUAAAAAUCAAUCGGUUGAAGUUAUAUCAUUGAUUAUGGGUUGGGCUUACUUUUUAGCUUGGUCCAUAUCGUUUUAUCCUCAAAUUUGGGAAAACUACAAAAGAAAAAGUGUUAUAGGUUUAAACUUCGACUUUUUAGUAAUAAAUCUAACAGGAUAUGUUUGCUAUGCAGCAUUUAAUUUGGGAUUAUACUACAUUCCUGAAAUUAGGGCUCAAUAUGCUGAAAGAUACCCUUUUAGUAUAGUUUCCGUCCUACCAAACGAUAUUUUUUUUACAAUUCAUGCUUUAAUUCUUACAAUAUACACAUGCCUCCAAUGUUUUUGGUACGAUAAAGGUGACCAAACAAUUUCCUGGUUCGGUUACGCUUUUCAUGUUGUUACCGGGAUAAUCACAGUGGUUACAAUGAUUCUAUGUUUCGUUAAUUAUAUAUUAUGGUUGGAUUUCUUAUACAUUAUGUCGUACAUAAAAUUGACCGUUACGAUUUGUAAAUAUGGUCCUCAAGCCAUUAUGAAUUACCAAAGAAAAAGCACGGAUGGUUGGAGUAUAGGAAUGGUUCUUUUAGAUGUUGCUGGUGGAAUAUUUUGUACUUUGCAAAUGUUUUUGAAUGCUUACAAUUACGAAAAAUGGGAAUGGAUUUUAGAAAAUCCAACGAAACUGUGGUUAGGAGUUUUAUCACUUUUAUUUGACUUUUUCUUUAUGGCUCAACAUUAUUGUCUUUACAACAAAAAUCACGGUUUGACGAGAAAACGACAACAAACGAUUGAUCUCCGAAUGGACCCUCAAAAUGAAAAAGAAAGUCUUCCUGUGUAACAACAAAAUAAUAAUAAAUAUUGACACGAC